GAAAGCCUGGCCAUAACCAGCGGGAUGUGUGUGACCCCGGCUCUCCUGCAUCUCCUGCAGCUCCUGCUCAGCCUGCACAUGUCAGGCUGGCUGGGUGUAGAUGCUAUUCGAGUGUAUACUUCAGGAUAUGCAGAGGCGGUGAAUGGGACGGACGUUCGACUUAAGUGCUCCUUCUCAAGCUCCGCCCCCAUAAGACGCUCCGCCCUUACCAUUUCCUGGAGCUUCAGGCCCCUGGGCCCCGGAAACGAGGAGACAGUGUUCUACUACCAUGAGAAGCCCUUCCCCCCGUCGGAGGGCCGUUUCAUGAAGAAGAUAAUAUGGUCGGGGGAUAUUUCUUCGCGGGACGCCUCCAUUGUGGUGCGAAACGUGAAGUUCAGUUACAAUGGAACCUUCAGCUGUCAUGUGAAGAACCCACCGGACGUUCACGGAAACGUGGGAGAGGUGCGGCUACGAGUCGUCACUUCAGCCUCUUUCUCAGAGAUCGUAAUUCUUGCGGUGGCCAUUGGAGGCGCUGUCCUUCUGAUUAUAAUCAUCCUCAUUGGGAUAGUGUCUAUAAGGAGAUGUCGGAAGAAGGAGAGAAUGGAGAGGGAAGAGGUUGUUCCCAGGAGAUACAAAGAUCCUGACCUGUGGUAAAAGAGAGAGAGAGAGAGAGAGAGAGAGAGAGAGAGAGGGAUGAAAUAUUACUCAGCCAACUGAAAAACAGGUUUCAUAUUUCAUGAAAUGCCCUCUUGAUCUUUCCCAUAUAAACACACAUAAAGCCUUCCAGCACUCACUGUGAAUGUAAUUCUCAUCAAUCUCCUGAAAAUACCAGCAAACUGCUGCCAAACUGGCCACUUUAAUGGAAACAUACUUUCUACUACAUUGUACAGACCCAAAUCAUCAUUUUCUUUGGCUUUUGUUUGAUUGCAGACAGUAUGAACCAAAUGUACCAGUCAAAUACCAGUCAAAAAUAUAUAGAAAAACAUAUGGAAUAUUUAGUGAGCAAAAAAGUGUUAAACAAACCAGAAUAUGCUUUAUAUUUUACUUUCUUCAAAGUAGCACUUCUUGAUUAAAUUAGAGAGUUUUGCACAUCUUGGCUGCAUUUUCUCAGUCAGCUUUAUGAGGUAGAGUCACUUGGAAUUCAGGCUUCCAGUUAACAGCUGUGCUGAACUCGUCAAGAGUUAAUAACUUGAAUUUCUUGCCUCUUAAUUUGUUUGAGAGCAUCAGUUGUAAAGUUGUGAAGAGGUAGAGUUACAGGUAUACAGUGAAUAGCUCUAUUUGAGUAAUGCUCUAAUACAUAUUAUGAGAAGAAAAAACUACUUAACUAAGUAAAGAAUUACUGUAAGAAAUGAAGGUCAGUUAAUUUGAAACAUUUCAAGAGCUUUGAAAGUAUCCUCAAGUGCAGUCACGUAUAAGACCAUCAAAAAUGUUAUGAUGGAACUGGCACUCAUCAGGACCACCCCAGGAAAGGAAGAGCAAGAGUUCCAGCCUCAGAAACCACAAGUUAACAGCUCCCCAGAUAAGAGCACCUAAAUGCUUCUUUACAGAGUAUUUUGGUUUGUUUAACACUUUUAACUUACUACAUGAUUCCUUAUGUGUUCCUUCAUAGUCUGGAUCACUUUAAUAUUCAUUUACAAUCAAUGUAAAACUUAAAUAUUACUAAAAUAUUUUAAAUGAGAAGGUGUUUCCUGCAACACAAAAGACACGUUAUAACUGGUAGUGAAACAGCUACUACCUUGUAAAUCAACUCACUGGCCACUUUAUUAGAAACACUGGUAACUCUUUCUAUGAAUCAGGUAUCUACAAAGCAUUAUAAAUGCAUUCAUAAAGCUUCAUUAAAUAUUCAUAAGGCUUUAUAACACUUGACAUAAGACUUUCUAAAUAUACAUACAUGUUUAUAAUCUCAAACAUAAAAUGUUAUAACACCACAGUAUAAAGCUUUAUAUCACAUAUUUGCAUUUGCUGUUCUUUAUUGGUUAGAAUUAGUCAGGCUUAUGUCAAGUGCUAUAAAGUAUUAAGAAUGGUUUAUGAAGCUUUAUGAAUGCCUUUAUAAUGCUUUAUAGAUACCCGAUUCAUAGCAAGUGUUACCGAAACACUUACUAUCUUCACCUUCCCCUUAUUGGCCACUUUAUUAAAAACACAAACUUUGCACAUAACACCAGCAAAAGGUAAUUAUAUGUAAGAUGUUUCUGAUAAAGUGGCCAGGACAUUUUUAAACAGUGUUGUUUAUCAGUGCCUUAACAGUACAUGCUGUACAUAAUCUAAUGUAUUAUAACUUUGUAAACAGAUGCUUUUUAGAUGUGUUAGGAAUAUUAUGGUAAUAUGUAAUGUUUUAAUUUUUAUAGCUGUUGUGUAGAGACAAUGUGUAUUGAUUAUAUGAUGCUUUAAAUGUUUUAAACAAGUAUAUAUAAUAUAUUAAAUUGUGUUUAUGUAAUAAAUUGAGCUCUCUUUUUCAUUGUGUAAACAUUUCUUUAUGAAUGGGCCAAUAGAAAUGAGCCAUGAUUUAUGGUCAGUAAAAAAGUGUUACAUUAACCUGUAUUAAUGUAAUGUAGUAAUCUGUAAAAUUACCAUUUUGGUGACUUGACUUUUUUAAAUUUUAAGUUUUUCUUUUA